AGUAAUCUACCGUCUGAAAAACUUCCAAGAGGAGCCCCAGAGGAAAGAAAUAUUGGCAGAAACUUAGUAUCUCUAAAUACUGGUGCAGAGUGAGCUGUGCAACCAAGGGACAGCAAUGCUUGCAACAACUCAAAAAAUCUAGUCCUUCAAAUAUCAUAUUCGAAGCACCGCGUGAAGCUCGACAUGAUGAGGAAUACUGGAUGGCCACUUGGUUGAGAGCAAGGACCCAAUGGGAUGGCCAAGAAAAUGAACGAUAUGCCGAGAGUAACAAAAGAAAGUUCGUCCAACAGGAAUUCAAUGCAAUGACAAGGAGAUACAAUGCAAAUCUGGGGAAAAAGUGCCUAUGUAUUAUUGUAAUGGUGAAGAAUGAAAAUGAAGAGGUGAAACCUAGCAUAUCAAAAAGUGUAGCUGGAACCUUGGACUUGAGCAUUCAACAUUUGUCUCAUGGAGAAACCUUUCCAGGGGAAUGGUUGAAGCAUCCUCUUCUCUGCCUAUUGGAUACAAAGCCCUCGAUCCGCUAUGGCUAUAUUGCAAAUUUAUGCAUUGCUAAAUAUGCACGCCGGCAGGGUGUUGCCAGGAACAUCAUAGAUUAUGCCAUUUCCGUUGCCAAGUCCAAUGCUGCAGAAAAAGUUUUCGUUCAUGUCCACCGCCACAAUAAACCUGCUCGAAACUUGUAUAAGAAGAUCGGCUUUCGGGUUGUUGAUGCAGCAAGUACUCAACUCUCCGCGGAACAAAUAUUCUUGUUAUGCCUUGAACUUUCAAGCUCUGAUGUUUCAGAUGGACGAUGAUGAAUUAGAGUAUUCGAAAAAUCUAUUUAUUCUUUUAACUAUAACAAACCAAAUACUCAUAUGAAUUUUCGAAUACUUGUUCGA